UGCACUAGAGGAAGAAGUUCCGUUUGUAAAGAUGGCAGGGAAAGAGGUUGUUGCUGCAGGAUUUAUUGUGUUUCGGUGCUUAUCCUCUGAAAUUCAGUACCUUUUGCUUCAGACAUCGUAUGGUCGCCACCACUGGUCGCCACCAAAAGGUCACGUUGACCCCGGUGAAUCUGAGUUUGAGACAGCGUUACGGGAAACAACUGAGGAAGCAGGUCUCCAGAAAUCACACCUCGAGAUCAUAGAUAAUUUCAAAAAAACAUUACAUUAUCCUGUGAAGGGAAAGUCAAAAAGAGUUGUAUACUGGCUGGCAAAAAUGAAAGACCCUGAAAUGUCUGUGACUCUGUCAGAUGAACACAUUGACUUUAAGUGGUUGAAACUGGAUGAGGCAAAUAAACUCAUAACACAAUUUAAAGACCUGCAAACAGUUCUAGAUGAAACAGAUGAAUUCCUACAAAGUAAAUACAGCAAUUUGUGAUAAUAUUUGUGAGUUUUCUUUCU